AUUUAAUUGAGGAUACUUGAGUGUAAUGAUCUUAUCUUUACGUAUAUAUACCUCAUUUAGGUAAAUAGAAAUCAAUGGUAAACGUAAUUAAAAACAUGAGAUACUUGCAAGCUGUUUACAUAAUUUCGGCAUUAGUGGCUUUAUGUGGUGCCCAAUGGGACGCACAUUUUGACCAGGGAAGAAGUACUAUUGUACACUUAUUUGAAUGGAAAUGGGAUGAUAUAGCACAGGAAUGUGAGAGCUAUUUGGGACCUAAAGGAUUUGGAGGUGUUCAGAUUUCUCCGCCCAGUGAAAACCUUGUGGUGAGUUCCAGUAACCGACCAUGGUGGGAAAGAUAUCAAGUCGUGAGUUAUAAGCUCACCACUAGAUCCGGAGAUGAGUCUGCUCUAAAAAGUAUGAUUGAUAGAUGUAAUGCGGCCGGAGUAAGAAUCUACGCUGACGCCGUUAUUAACCACAUGACAGGAAUGGGUGGUUCUGGUACAGCUGGUAGUUCCGCGGAUUCCGACAACAAAAACUACCCUGGAGUGCCCUUUGGAAGCGGGGAUUUCCACUCUUCGUGUACUGUGAAUAACUACCAAGACGCUUCGAACGUGAGAAACUGCGAGCUGGUUGGCCUCAAGGAUCUCGACCAGAGCAAAGACUACGUCAGACAGAAAAUCGUCGAGUACCUAAACCACUUGGUGGACUUGGGGGUGGCAGGCUUUAGAGUGGAUGCUGCCAAACACAUGUGGCCCGCCGAUUUGGCGGCUAUUUACGGUGGCUUGAAGGACUCCAAAUUCGGCGGCAAACCCUUUAUUUACCAGGAGGUAAUAGAUCUUGGAGGAGAAGCUGUAAAAAAAACCGAAUACACCCAAUUGGGGAAUGUGUUGGACUUCGAGUACGGUAGCAGACUUGGAGGUAUGUUCCAGAACAGAGACAAGCUGACCUAUCUUAAAAACUGGGGUACCGAAUGGGGUUUGUUGGAUGGUCUCGCGGCCACCUGCUUCAUUGACAACCACGACAACCAACGCGACGGUGGGGACGGCAUUCUAACCUACAAAAAGUCCAAGCAGUACAAAAUGGCGAUCGCCUUCAUGCUUGCGCAUCCCUACGGCACGGCCAGAAUAAUGUCCAGCUACGAUUUCAACGAUAAAGAUCAACCACCGCCACAGGACUCCCAAGGAAAUAUUAUUGGUGCUGGCUUUAACCAAGACGGUACCUGCACCAACGGGUGGAUCUGCGAGCACAGGUGGCGCGAGAUUGCCAACAUGGUGGCCUUCAGAAACAUCGCGUUGGGAACUGAAAUCACCAAGUGGUGGUCCAAUGGAGAUAAUCAGAUUGCUUUCGGUAGAGGGGAUAAAGGGUUCGUGGCCUUCACGCAAGGCGGGGAUUUGAACCAGGGUCUGGAAACCAUGUUGCCAGAUGGCACCCUGGUAGAAAAUAACGUUUGCAUACAUUCAGACAACGUUGCAAAUUUGUAUAAUAAUUUGUUAUACUCAUAA